AUGGAGGGUAUAUUACCGGUAACUUUCAAAGUUUAUAAGUAAACUACCGGAAUUUCGGAAACAUUCAGGAUUGUAUGGAAUUUUCAUAACAUAUCAAAUAUAUUUAUUUAUUUUACUAUGUCAAUAUGUUUUUGUAAAUGUUUUGGCGCCAAACUGUUGGAAUAGUUGCAGAGUUAAUCGAAAAUUAUGCCAUUGUUGAUUAGAUGUUUUUUCAUUAAGUAGGCUCUUUUCUGUUGAACCACAUGGUCUAUCCACUAGAAACUCAUGGACAAUAUGGACACAGAUAUAAGGAUUUAAGAAAAAAAAUGUUUUAAUAUAAAUGACCAAAGUUACCAUAGAUUACCUGUUAAUUACAAAAUUACAGAAAGUUCCGAUAACUUUGGUAAAUUACCGGUAGUUUUGCUACCCUAUGUUCCACAUGGCUAAGUAAAUAAGUUCAUUAAUUUCUGAUCAGGUGUCCUUGUGUGAUUUCCCCGCAGUUGACGGACUGGAAAAAGCUUCUCUGUCCAACUGUGAUGUUGUGGUGGGUAGCACCCAGACUCCUCCACUGAAGCAGAAGGGGAAGCUCUCCACUAUAGGGAAGAUCUUCAAACCCUGGAAAUGGCGCAAGAAGAAAACCAGUGACAAGUUUCAGGACCUAUCCAAAGGUACAGUACGUCUGAAGUAGUCUGAUCACAUACUGUUUCAUUAUGCUGUAGCCAACUAUUCCAUCGUUGCCAUGCCAUAUGUUUUCAUGCCAAACAUGAAUCUUGUUCUAUUCCCUAUCCCCUCACAUGAUUUUUCACCCCCCACAAAGCCAUUGGUUUGUAUCUUGUAUGACGCUGCCAUGCCCUAACUAAUGUAAAUCUUGUGAUAUUGACAAUUGACAUUUAUGUAAAGAUCUCGAGCGAUAGAAUAUAGGCUGGCUAGGGGCAGGUUGGAAAUUAAUUUGGAUAUGCCACAUCAGUUCUGCCAAAGAAUGUGAGUGUGAUCAUGGAUCAUGGGUUUAAUUUCUCAAACAUCCUCCACUGUCUGUACUAUGUAACACAUAACUAAAUGAAGUGAUAUCUGAUCAUCAUAUGCAGUCAUGUUGAGCUCUUCAUGUCAUACUAGACCUGGCUUCAAAUAAUUUUAGUUUUCUUUCAAAUACUUUCACCAUUUGAUUGAGCCUGUCUGAGUGCCAACUGUGCGGGGUUUACAUUGUUUGUUCUAACCCAUUUGUUCCAUUGUGCCAGGCAAGCUCAAUCAAGUGCAGCUAUUUGAAAGAAAACCAAUACUAUUCGAACCCAGGUCUGUCGUCUGUGUCAUGCCUGUCUGGCUAGUAGUGCAAAGGCCUUCUCAGGUUCAACUCUUGGUGUGAUAAUCGUCUUUAGAACACAAAUGCUCUCCAUUAGCCGUGUUACAGUGGAAGUGAUUGUCUGGCAGCAUCUAAUUUGAACAAAAGCAGCUUUGUGCGCUCUUGCAUGGCAAAAGUGUUAGAUGGCUGUAUUUGGGCCGCCAUUAGUCAGCAGUGUAUCCCCAGUCUAUGGCAGCCUAUCGAAAUAUCUGUCACAUGCAAGGUGGUAUAGAGCCCAACCUUCUCUUGUAUAACUAGUAUGAGUGAAACUUUAUGCUCCCAAGUCAGUCGCUUUUUCUAUGGAAAACUAGAAGAACUAGGCCUAAAUGAAAGUUGCAAGCAGAUUACAUUAUCUAAAGGCUUCAGUUCUGAGAACACUCCUCUGGUGUGGACUGAAGGCGAUUGGUCAUACCUAGGACUGUUGCGGUGACCGUAUUACCGCCACACUGGCAGUCAUGAGUCAUGACCGCAGUAAAAUUCCACGUGACCGUUGAGUCACUGUAAUCUUUUAUGCACUCUGGACAUGCGUUGGUAGUACCCAACUCGCUAACGACUGUCAGGUUGCUAAUGGCCUGAUACUCAGCGCUCUAUUGUCCCUCUAACCACUCUGACAUCAAUGCAAAUGCAAUCGAAAAUCACAUCAAACACUUAUCAUCAAAACAGUAUCAUGCUUUUAAAACUCACUUCACUGUGAUCGAUCAAUUUGAAGAAAGAAGUUCAACAACAGGUUGAAACUGAGUGGAAAACAUGGUCAUUGUGGAUCUCGUUUCAAAGCCUAAUACAACUAAAUGGACAGCGCUUUCUAAGGGGAUGAUUAAUUCAAACACCCAUACGCAUAUUAAAGCUUAUACAUAUGAGCCCAAGCCCUAAAGAAAAACAGAAUUAUGAUUGUGCCGUUAUACAACACAUAGCCUAAUAACCUACCGCAUAUUACGCACGGCAAAAUUUUUUAAUAAAAAAACUGAUGUAAGAUGUCUUUGGUAUUCUCCAAAAUUAAACACAUUCUAGUAAUCGCCUUUGAGUGUGGACUGUAUUAUUAUGCAUACUGGAUGGACUGGUUACCUUAUGCUAUGCUCCAAACUUUCUAUCAACGAGUCUAGGAGAGAACCUGUAGGCCUAGGCGAUGCUGUUGGUUCAUUGAUUGUGCAGGGCAGCUUCCAGAGUUAGCCUACAAUUAUAGUGAAUUUGUAUUCGAUUUAAAAUAGCCUGGUAAUAGGGCAUUUUUUAUAUUUUCUUAAUUAAUAGGCUGACACUUUACCCCUAGUGUGACGAGUACUGAGGAUACGAAGAGGCAGGACGCAGACACAGGAAUCAACAAUGUAAAGGUUUACUUAACACUGAGCAAGAGAACAACAAAGAGCGAGUACACGACAAGACACUAACAAUCACACACAGCACAUCACUGAACAGUCCAGGGUUAUAUAGGGGUGGUGAUGAGAUGAUGAGGUGCAGGUGCGCUGGAGGUGAUUAGGGUGCGUUGGGUUUCCAUUCCGGUGUUGCCGAGGUGGUGCGCUCAGACCGGUGGCUCAGUAGACUGGCGAAUCAGAGCGCCGGACGGGAGCAACAGGAGGAGACGUGACAGUACCCAUACCUGAGUGUCCUGCCGUAAGGGUGGUGUGCGCCCAGAUCAGCAGGCGGUCACGGACCCUGGUGGGUACAUACACGCGCCCCGGAGGGGCGUUGGCAGGCGCUGGGUCCUCCUGAGCCGGCAGGCGGAUGUCUUCGUCCACAUCCCAAACGACAGGUGCCACGAUGAGAGACGGAGGCAGGAUAGGACCCCCCAGAACCUUCCUUUCUCCGGUAUGGUGUGUCCUGGAGAGGAUGGCUUUCUUCAUUCUGGGAUCCUGGGUGGUAGGACAGAAUAAACUGAAAGCGAGUAAGAAAUUGGGCCCACCUGGCAUGACGAGAUUUCAUCCGUUUCGCUGCCCGUACGUGCUCCAAAUUCCGGUGGUCAGUGAGAAUCCGGAAUGGAUGGACUGCGCCCUCCAGCCAGUGUCUCCAUUCCUCCAGAGCGAGGACCACCGCCAACAGCUCCCUGUCUCCAACUCCAUAGUCCCUCUCUGCCGCGGUAAGCUUUUUAGAGUAAAAGGCACAGUGAUACAUUUUCUCUGGCUUACCUUGCAGCUGGGGGAGGGGACGCCACCCACGCCCUCCUCAGAUGCAUCCACCUCCAGGAUGAAAGGACGAGCUGGAUCUGGGUGUUUUAGGAGGGGCGCUGUGGCGAACCUCUCCUUCAGCCUCUUGAAGGUAGCGUCAGCCUCAGGGUUCCAGGCCAGCUUCUGAGGCCCCCCCUUAAGGAGAAAGGUGAGCGGGUGGCUAUGGAGCUGAAGGACCUGAUGAAAAGCCGGUAGAAAUUUGCGAAGCCCAGGAAGCUCUGUAGGCCCUUGAUGGUGGUGGGGACUGGCCAUGACCUGACGUCGUCCGUCUUCGCUCUUUCCAUGAACACCCCCUGAGGACUGAUCCUGUGUCCCUGGAAGGAGAUGGCCUGUUGUUGGAAUUCACAUUUCUCCCCCUUCACCAACAGGCUGUGUUCCCGGAGGCGGAGUAGGACCGCUCUGACGUCCCUGACGUGCUCCUCGAACGUAGCCGAGCAGAUCAGGAUAUUGUCGAAGUACACCACCACCUGUCAGCAUGUCUCGGAACACGUCAUUGGCGAAGGACUGGAACAUGGAAGGUGCGUUGGCGAGGCCGUAGGGCAUGACGCAGUAUUCAUAGUGGCCUGAGGUAGUGCUGAAUGCCGUCUUCCACUCGUCUCCUUCCCAGAUUCGGAUCAGGUUGUAGGCACUCCUCAGGUCCAAUUUGGUAAAAUACCGGGCCCCUCGCAGCUGCUGGCCGACGGAACCAGAGGGAGGGGGUACCGGUACUUGGUGGAGACUGCGUUCAGCCCCCGGUAGUCAAUGCACGGCCUCAGUCCUCCGUCAUUUUUGGCCAGGAAGAAGAAGCUGGCGGAGGCAGGAGAGGUAGAGCGUCUGAUGAACCCCUGUUUCAGGGUCUCCGCCACAUACUUCUCCAUGGCCUCAGUCUCCGCUAUGGAGAGGGAGUAAAUGCGACUCUUCUGGGGGUGUUGUCCCUCCAGCAGGUCAAUGGUGCAGUCCAAGGGCCUGUGAGGAGGGAGACACAUAGCCUUGGAGGCAGAGAAGACAUUGGAGAGAUCUGUGUUCUCACGUGGAAUGUUGGGCUGGGCGGACUCCAAACAACAAACCACCGGCAGGCAGGUCCUCCUGCAUGAGGGGGACCAAGAUGUGAUCCUCUUGGUGAUCCAAUUGAUGGUGGGGUUGUGUAGUCUGAGCCAGGACAAUUCCAAGACUAUCUGGUGAAGGGUUAUGUGACGAUGUGGAAGGACAGCUCCUCGUGGUGCUCCGGUAGUGUGGGAAUGGUGAUGGGGAGAGUGACGUGCGUAAUGGUGCCUGAUCCAAUUGGUUUAUUUUCCAGCGAGGUGACGUGUAGCGGAGAAGGCAGUGGCACGGUGGGAAACCCCCAUUCAAAGACCAGCUCCCUAUCUAUAAGGUUCCCCGCUGAUCCGGAAUCUAUCAUUGCCGUGGAAAGUUAAGAGAAGGAAGAACCAUUCACCGUUAGGGGAACUAAAAACAAUGGAUUGGUGACAGGUGAUGAAGGAACAUUCACGGAGUGGCGACGGGAGUCAUACCGCCUAGAUAAGGAGCCGCCAGGAGAUCUGUGGUCCUUGGUGGUGUAGGGGGUGCUGCCCACCUCCAUGGGUGAGGACUCGGAGGCAGGGCGGCUUCCAUAGCUCAGAUGGGGUGAGCGUCGAGGCUCCGGGAGGUGUUGGGAACGCCGUCAGUCUCUCAACAUGUCGUCAAGACGAAUGGACGUGGCAAUGAGGGUGUCAAGGUCCAUCUCGUCGUCCCGACAUGCGAGUUCCAUCGUGAUGUCCUCCCGUAAGUCUCUCGUGAAGGCUGUGUGCAGAGCACGCUCAUUCCAGCCGGAAGACGCUGCCACAGUGCUAAAGCUCAGGGCGUACUCGAACGCGGCCCCCUCUCCCUGUUGUAGCCGGAGGAGACGCUCACCCCCGUCCUUUCCCUCCGUGGGAUGAUCAAACACCACCCUGAACCAAGCGAGGAAGGUGGAGAAGGGAAGUGUUGCGGCCUCACCUCCUUCCCAGACUGCCGUGGCCCAAUCCAGCGCCUUUCCCUUCAGUAGCGAAAUCACCAGCGCUAUCCUGGCUUGGUCCGAUGGAGAUGCCCCACGCUGACGCACCAGAUGCAGUGAAACCUGUAGCAGGAAGCCUCUACAUUUCGUUGUUUUCCCAUCAUAGCACUCCGGCAGCGCGAUGGGUCCCUUAGACGUUGGUGAUAGCAUGGGAGGAGGUGGACUGGGUGCAUUCACCGCUCCCUGAGGUUAGGAGCACUUCCUGCAUGGCAGCGUUCAGCUGGGCAAUCUGCUGCUGGUGCUGGUCGAGGCACUGGGAAACUCCAGGAGGAUUACCUGCUGCAUCCAUCUUCGUGAUUGGUGUGUGAUUCUGUGACGAGUACUGAGGAUACGAAGAGGCAGGACGCAGACGCAGGAAUCAACAAUGUAAAGGUUUACUUAACACUGAGCAAGAGAACAACAAGUGCACGACAAGACACUAACAAUCACACACAACACAACACUGAACAGUCCAGGGCUAUAUUUAUAUUUUUAUUUUAUUUUAUAAGUCAGUUAAGAACAAAUUCUUAUUUACAAUGACGGCCUACACCGGCCAAACCCAGAUGACGCUGGGCCAAUUGUGCGACAGGAGGAGACGUGACAUCUAGCUACAGAAUAUCUUACCACAGUGCGUUUCUCUCUCAAUAGUUUUAUGGAAUAUGUUUUGUUGCGAAAACAAGUUACUAUCGAUGUUCCCUAACAGAUUUUACUUGGUUUCCCAAAUUAAGCACAGAGUAGCUGCAGGAACAGGGUUGGAGAGCCCAUGGCAUACAGAGUUUGGGCGGAAUAUCACCUGUCGCGCAGCGAGAGGCUGCUCCUCAAACAGUGCGUGGAGUGAAAUAAGUGUUACUAUGAGCCCAGACCUUUCUAUAUGCAAUCCAGUGUGAAAGCAGAGUUUUGAUUGUUGCCACUAAAAAGAGGAGGAUCCCAGCUGCUACUAUAUUUAUUUCUCAGCUUCUCAUAUUAAGCACAUGCUCCAUUAUAAAACCGGUGUAGCCUACCCUGCAUGAUUGAAAAACAAUCUGCGGGAAAGCGGCCUCCAUUCACUAUUCGAGUUCAUAUGGAUGACAUGUCUUUUUUCCCCUGCCCCUGUUCCUGCCCAUUUUAUAAUGUGUAAUUCUAAAUCGAAACAAAUUUGACAUAUUAAUAAAGACAAUAUUAAAUUGAGAAUAUUGUGAUGGGUGAAAAUAUGGUCACCCAUCACAGAGUGUGUGCAGCCUGAGGCAAGGAACAGAGUGCAAGCUUUAUUUUGUGACUUUCUCAAAUCUUCAAUAGCCUGUAGUCGCAUCAUGCAGUCCCAUGUAUGUUUUGAUUUCUAAGACAUUCUAAGGUUUGUAUUAUUCACAACUAAAGUUGCCAAAUAACUCUAGCAUAUAGGACCUGUUUCAAAUUAUCACUCAACAUAGCCACUUCAUAUGCUCACUCAUAUAUAUAUUUUCUAUUUUAUCCAGCUAAGUUCAAUUAUAUUCUUCUUACUAUAAAAUCAUAUAAUAUAAAAUAAUGGCACAGGAUUUAUAAGCAUAUAUUGUCUGCUAAAUGAACUAGCCUACAGCCUAUGGCAUGGAGCAUAGCCAGAUAACAUACAGUAGGCCAACUCAUAUUCUGUUCUUCUGAAAUACAUUUUCUUCAUAUCAUAAUUUUUCUUUAGACCUGCUUACAAUAAUGGAUUUAUUGUCAUUUAUUCUAAUUUUUUAAAAUGUAGAUGUUCCAAAGACGCGCAUCAGCAGCUUGUAGGCCUAUGCGUGGAGGCCUGGAGAUGCUAAAUGUGUUUUAUGUUAAUUUGAGGUCAAUUACCAUGAGACCGGCAGGCACCGUGCUUCUACAUCUGCAUUGCUUGCUGUUUGGGGUUUUAGGCUGGGUUUCUAUAUAGCACUUUGUGACAUCUGCUGAUGUUAAAAGGGCUUUAUAAAUACAUUUGAUUGAUUUGCAUGACAAUACCGGCUGACAAAAUGUCAUGACCUCCACAGCCCUAGUCAUACCAGGUAUUGUAUUAGUCCUAUGCAGUUUACUCCUUUUUAUCUCACCUUGGACAGCCUCUAGUUAGUACUAAUCCGUUCUCUUCACCACAAUCUCUCCUCAAGGCUCGUGUAACAGUUCACUGUGGGAUUGUCAUGCAAGUACUAUUAAUGAUAGAGAAUAGGAGUUCCAUAAAGCCUUAGAAGGAUCAUCAUUUACAUAUUUAAUGCUACUUUCCCUCUACUGCAUCACAGCUCCAUGCCCCUAAGCUGUCCAUCUUUCACAUGGCCUGUUCUCAUUGAUUCCUCUGUGGAAUUGUUCCUGUACUUUUAUUUAAUCCCUGAUUUGUAUUCUGUGUUUGUGUGUGUGUGUGUGUGUCCUCCCCUGUCAUUGCAAAGGGCACAUAAUUAAUGACUGUAUCUGGUCAAUGAUUAAUAACUCUGCCUUGCUCAUAUCCGUAGUUCUGGAGAGGAAAAUAUCCACGAGGCAAAGUCGAGAGGAGCUGAUAAGACGAGGCGUUCUCAUUCCCGAUCAAGGUGAGUUACGGCGGGAAAAUUAAUGAAAUCUAACAGUGUGCUGAGUGUUCCAUUUUUGUUUAUUUUAGGCCUUAAAUUGUAUUGAGCAGAAGUCCCACCCCAAACCCUGGUUUCCCUCUGUGGCAUUGUGAUGCCAAAAAACGCUCUCACAGGAGCUGCUGCCCUAGACUAGUGUUUAAGAAAUGUACCUGCAGCAACAAGUUUAAUAGUGUUUUUAUAACCAGCGGGAUACUCCCUGAUGUUAGCUGUUGCUACGAUGGGGAAGAAACCCAAACUGCAGUCCCAUCUAAGUUGUUUGUGUCCUCCUGGUACACUGUACUGUAGUCCCCACCCCUGCAUUGUUACACUCCAAUGUAACAAUACCUAAAUUCUGCAUCAAUGAAGACACAUUUAAUUUUGUUCUUAUGGGGACCUAAGCUGAUGGGAAAUGUCUCAAGAUGGAAGCCUCCUUUCUUCUUACAUUCCUUGUGUGUACUGUAUAAUUAGUGGAUGUAGUAAAAUAGCUUUCAGUUAAAUGUCAGGUAAUGUCAGAUAAAAUGUGCCCCAUUCUCACCCCCUGCUAACUCUUAAAUGUUUCAUUUGCACCAGAGGAGCCAGUGAACUCUGAGAAUCUAAAUGGCCAUGCCACGCCUAGUGUGGGGUCAGAUGAGGUCAAAGUUGACAUAGAGUCGACGCAAACGCCUUCGGAGGAGAAGACAGAAGGGUCGGAGAAUGCUGAGGACAAAGCAGGUAUACUGGAAUGCUUUUAACACGUUUGUCUGCAAGCAGGCCAAAGCGAAAUGAAAUGGCAUGGUGUAAAUCCAUUCGGUGAGCUCCAAUUGAAUAAUGUGUCCACUAGCGCUUCCUAUUUUGGCUUUGACCUCCAAGCAGGAGUCUGGACAGAGCAAUAACCCAUCCACUAAUGGUCAAUAUCACCAUUUUAGACCUGCAGGAGUAUUGCCAUCUGAAGCUUUUAAAGUGUUGUGGGGGUUCCUCAAUUCAAUUUUUCCAUCCCAUAUCCAUUAACACGUCUCCAUCGCUGUUGAUCUUUUAGCAGAAGCCCCUGACCGAUAAGCACAAUGCUGCACACUCCAACAGAAUGUAUCCAGAAACACCUAUGUUAAAUCCCCUUGACAGUCCGAUAGAGAAACGAAAGAGCAGAAAUCCCCUAUUCUUAAGCCAUGCAGAUCAAAGGAAGCUGUAACUUCUGCAGUGAUCAAAGGCCCUCUACUCUACUGACCAUAACAAUGUGGGCCUCUAUUGAACCACUGGAGCCAGAGCUCUGGCCUCUUCAGAUCAAUAGUAAGCCACUCAACUGCUCCCCACUUAAGACCAAAGACAAACUGGGAUGACCAGCUAGAUCUCUCUCCAACAACACAUACAGAGUGGUUCAGCUGGUCAGUGCGGGUCAGGAAGACUGAUUGAAAUGAGGCCUCAGUUCAUUAUGGAGCCAUUUGGCGCCCUGUCAGGGCAGAUACCCAGACAAUGCCUCAUCUACAGUACCCGGGCACUGAGGGCUCUGCCUGGCAAUAAUGUGUUGCUUUAUUGAAGGCAUCAUGAGCUUGGUCGUGAUAGCUCAGAUGAGAGGAAUGUGAAGAGAAAUCAUACUAUAAUGACUCAAUAAAAUAUACUUUAUUAGUCCAUACUAGAUGGACAUUUGUCUUCUGCUUUUUUCCCCAACCCCUCAGAGAUGGAUGGAUACAGUACAUACAUACAUACAUUUUGUGUGUGUGUGUAUAUAUAUAUAUAUAUACACACACACACACUAUAUAUAUAUAUAUAUAUAUAUAUAUAUAUAUAUAUAUAUAUAUAUAUAUAUAUAUAUAUAUAUAUACUCAACAAAAAAAGAAACGUCCUCUCACUGUCAACUGUGUUUAUUUUCAGCAAACUUAACAUGUGUAAAUAUUUGUAUGAACAUAACAAGAUUCAACAACUGAGACAUAAACUGAACAAGUUCCACAGAAAUGGAAUAAUGUGUCCCUGAACAAAGGGGGCGUCAAAAUGAAAAGUAACAGUCAGUAUCUGGUGUGGCCACCAGCUGCAUUAAGUACUGCAGUGCAUCUCCUCCUCAUGGACUGCACCAGAUUUGUCAGUUCUUGCUGUGAGAUGUUACCCCACUCUUCCACCAAGGCACCUGCCAGUUCCCUGACAUUUCUGGGGGGGAAUGGCCCUAGCCCUCACCCACCGAUCCAACAGGUCCAAGACGUGCUCAAUGGGAUUGAGAUCCGGGUUCUUCGCUGGUCAUGGCAGAACACUGAUAUUCCUGUCUUGCAGGAAAUCACGCACAGAACAAGCAGUAUGGCUGGUGGCAUUGUCAUGCUGGUGUGUAAUGUCAGGAUGAGCCUGCAGGAAGGGUACCACAUGAGGGAGGAGGAUGUCUUCCCUGUAACGCACAGCGUUGAGAUUGAGAUUGCCUGCAAUGACAACAAGCUCAGUCCGAUGAUGCUGUGACACACCGCCCCAGACCAUGACAGACCCUCCACCUCCAAAAUCGAUCCCGCUCCAGAGUACAGGCCUUGGUGUAACGCUCAUUCCUUCGACGAUAAACGCGAAUCCGACCAUCACCCCGGUGAGACAAAACCGCGACUCGUCAGUGAAGAGCACCUUUUGCCAGUCCUGUCUGGUCCAGCGACGGUGGGUUUGUGCCCAUAGGCGACGUUGUUGCCGGUGAUGUCUGGUGAGGACCUGCCUUACAACAGGCCUACAAGCCCUCAGUCCAGCCUCUCUCAGCCUAUUGCGGAUAGUCUGAGCACUGAUGGAGGGCUUGUGUGUUCCUGAUGUAACUCGGGCAGUUGUUGUUGCCAUCCUGUACCUGUCCCGCAGGUGUGAUAUUCGGAUGUACUGAUCCUGUGCAGGUGUUGUUACAUGUGUUCUGCCACUGCGAGGAUGAUCAGCUGUCCGUCCUGUCUCCCUGUAGUACUGUCUUAGGCGUCUCACAGUACGGACAUUGCAAUUUAAUGCCCUGGCCACAUCUGCAGUCCUCAUGCUUCCUCCUCAUGCUUCCUAAGGCACGUUCACGCAGAUGAGCAGGGACCCUGGGCAUCUUUCUUUUGGUGUUUUUCAGAGUCAGUAGAAAGGCCUCUUUAGUGUCCUAAGUUUUCAUAACUGUGACCUUAAUUGCCUACCGUCUGUAAGCUGUUAGUGUCUUAAUGACCGUUCCACAGGUGCAUGUUCAUUUAAUUGUUUAUGGUUCAUUGAACAAGCAUGGGAAACAGUGUUUAAACCCUUUACAACGAAGAUCUGUGAAGUUAUUUGGAUUUUUACGAAUUAUAUUUUUUUGCUGAGUAUGUAUGUAUGUAUGUAUGUGUGUGUGUGUAUGUAUAUGUGUGUGUGUGUAUAUGUGUAUAUAUAUAUAUAUAUAUAUAUAUAUAUAUAUAUAUAUAUAUAUAUAUAUAUAUAUAUAUAUAUAUAUAUAUAUAUAUAUAUAUAUAUAUAUAUAUAUAUAUAUAUAUAUAUAUAUAUAUAUAUAUAUAUAUAUAUAUAUAUACACUACGUGCAAAAGUUUGGGGUCACUUAGAAAUGUCCUUUUUUUUUGUCCAUUUAAAAUAACAUCAAAUUGAUCAGAAAUACAGUGUAGACAUUAUUAAUGUUGUAAAUGGCUACUGUAGCUGGAAACGGCUGAUUUCUUUAUGGAAUAUCUACAUAGGCUACAGAGGCCCAUUUAUCAGCAACCUUCAGUCCUGUGUUCCAAUGGCACGUUGUGUUUGCUAAUCCAAGUUUAUCAUUUUCAAAGGCUAAUUGAUCAUUAGAAAACCCUUUUGCAAUUAUGUUAGCACAGCUGAAAACUGUUGUGCUGAUUAAAGAAGCAAUACAACUGGCCUUCUUGAGACUAGUUGAGUAUCUGGAGCAUCAGUAAUUGUGGGUUCGAUUACAGGCUCAAAAUGGCCAGAAACAAAUAACUUUCUUCUGAAUCUCGUCAGUCUAUUCUUGUUCUGAGAAAUGAAGGCUAUUCCAUGUGAGAAAUUGCCAAGAAACUGAAGAUCUCGUACAACGCUGUGUACUACUCCCUUCACAGAACAGCGCAAACUGGCUUUAACCAGAAUAGAAAGAGGAGUGGGAGGCCCUGGUGCACAACUGAGCAAGAGGACAAAUACAUUAGUGUCUAGUUUGAGAAACAGAAGCCUCACAGGUCCUCAACUGGCAGCUUCAUUAAAUAGUACCCGCAAAACACCAGUCUCAAUGUCAACAGUGAAGAGGCGACUCCGGGAUGCUGACCUUCUAGGCAGAGUUACAAAGAAAAAGCCAUAUCUCAGACUGGCCAAUAAAAAUAAAUGAUUAAUAUGGGCAGUCUGAGAUAUGGCUUUUUCUUUGGAAUUUAAGAAAUUCCACAAAUUAACUUUUAAGAAGGCACACCUGUUAAUUGAAAUGCAUUCCAGGUGACUACCUCAUGAAGCUGGUUGAGAGAAUGCCAAGAGUGUGCAAAGCUCUCAUUUAAGGCAAAGGGUGGCUACUUUGAAGAAUCAUGAUUCCAUAUGUGUUAUUUCAUAGUUUUGAUGUCUUCACUAUUAUUCUACAAUGUAGAAAAUAGUACAAAUAAAGAAAAACCCUUGAAUGAGUAGGUGUGUCCACACUUUUGACUGGUGCUGUAUAAACAGUGCCUUGCGAAAAUAUUAAUCCCCCUUGGCGUUUUUCCUAUUUUGUUGCAUUACAACCUGUAAUUUAAAUAGAUUUUUAUUUGGAUUUCAUGUAAUGGACAUACACAUAAUAGUCCAAAUGGGUGAAGUGGAAUUAAAAAAAUAACUUGUUUCAAAAAAUUCUAAAAAAUAAAUAACGGAAAAGUGGUGCGUGCAUAUGUAUUCGCCCCCUUUGCUAUGAAGCCCCUAAAAAAGAUCUGGUGCAACCAAUUACCUUCAGAAGUCACAUAAUUAGUUAGAUUGCACACAGUUGGACUUUAUUUAAGUGUCACAUGAUCUGUCACAUGAUAUCAGUAUGUAUACACCUGUUCUGAAAGGCCCCAGAGUCUGCAACACCACUAAGCAAGGGGCACCACCAAGCAAGCGGCACCAUGAAGACCAAGGAGCUCUCCAAACAGGUCAGGGACAAAGUUGUGGAGAAGUACAGAUCAGGGUUGGGUUAUAAAAAAAUAUCCGAAACUUUGAACAUCCCACGGAGCACCAUUAAAUCCAUUAUUAAAAAAUGGAAAGAAUAUGGCACCACAACAAACCUGCCAAGAGAGGGCUGCCCACCAAAACUCACGGACCAGGCAAGGAGAGCAUUAAUCAGAGAGGCAACAAAGAGACCAAAGAUAACCCUGAAGGAGCUGCAACGCUCCACAGCAGAGAUUGGAGUAUCUGUCCAUAGGACCACUUUAAGCCGUACACUCCACAGAGCUGGGCUUUACGGAAGAGUGGCCAGAUAAAAGCCAUUGCUUAAAGAAAAAAAUAAGCAAACACGUUUGGUGUUCGCCAAAAGGCAUGUGGGAGACUCCCCAAACAUAUGGAAGAAGGUACUCUGGUCAGAUGAGACUAAAAUUGAGCUUUUUGGCCAUCAAGGAAAUCGCUAUGUCUGGCGAAAACCCAACACCUCUCAUCACCCCGAGAACACCAUCCCCACAGUGAAGCAUGGUGGUGACAGCAUCAUGCUGUGGGGAUGUUUUUCAUCUGCAGGGACUGGUCAGAAUUGAAGAAAUUAUGGAUGGCGCUAAAUACAGGGAAAUUCUUGAGGGAAACCUGUUUCAGUCUUCCAGAGAUUUGAGACUGGGACGGAGGUUCACCUUCCAGCAGGACAAUGACCCUAAGCAUACUGCUAAAGCAACACUCGAGUGUUUUAAGGGGAAACAUUUUAAAUGUCUUGGAAUGGCCUACUCAAAGCCCAGACCUCAAUCCAAUUGAGAAUCUCUGGUGCGACUUAAAGAUUGCUGUACACCAGCAGAACCCAUCCAACUUGAAGGAGCUGGAGCAGUUUUGCCUUGAAGAAUGGGCAAAAAUCCCAGUGGCUAGAUGUGUCUGAAUAAAAGUGCUGAAAAAAUAGUGCUAAAAGAAGAUUGUGAACAAGAUACUGGAGUUUUGGUGCCAGUAUAGCCAACUAGCACAUAAAUAAUAUUGCGAUAUUGUCAAAACAAUAAUAUAUAUCGUCUAAAAUAAUAUCCUGAUAUGUAACUGUAUCGAUUUUCUUCCCCCCCCCAUCACUAUAAUACACAUUAGGUUGGAGGUCAGGUCAUAUCACUUCGCUUCAUACCUUGGAUAUGCACGGAAUGCAGCCACUUUACGUUCCCCACUUUUACGAUUAUUAGCUAGACACAUUUUUCUUCAUGGUCUCUUCUUUCCCCUGAUCAGACGUAAGCCUUCCUAUCCAUUACCCUUGUGUUUGUCUCUCCCUGAGUCCCUCCCUCUGGAUUUUGGUAAAUUACAGGAGAGGUUGUUCUGCUCCCCUCUCCUCUACCCCCCCUUAGUGAGGAAUGAAAGCAAAGAUACUCCAAAAGGAAACCAGGCCAGAACGCGGGAGGCUAAAAAACACCCCACCACCACCGCUCCUCUCAAAUCAACUGGUGGGGCUACAGCAGGGCGCAGGGACGGGACUGCGGCUGGUAAAAAGCUGCCCAAAAGCACAGCCAAGCAAGCUUCCGCUCCGCCGCCCAAACAAAACCCUCGAAACAAUUACAUUGGGAACGGUGAGUAUCAGUGGCACUGGUUGGUUGGGAGAGAGAACCCUGUUGGCAUGGAGAAUGUACCUGUUUUCGCAUGUGGAAGGCCUCCCUCCGCCCAUCAGUCCAUCCCUCCUGGUCCCCCUUCAGGAAUUAAUGGUGUUGUCCAUACUAGACGGCUAGGGAUUUACAGUAGUUGAGAAGUUUGAUUGUUCUUGUUGUGAAAUGGGAAGUGAGGAGAGUGUGUACAGAGAGUUGCCUGCAGAGACUUCUCAAUUUUUAGACAGCAUAGCACUACAAUAAGAUGCACUGUGUACUGUGUGUCCCAUCUGUGUUCCCCUGCCUGCCUGCCUCCGAGGGUUUCUGAGAACCCUUGCUUUUUUUGUCUUUGGUGCAUGAUGAUCUGGUUCAUGGAUCGUUUGGUUUCCCAGGGAGGUGUGGCCAUGUCUCGUGUCUGUGUGUGCACCAGCGUCUGUGCACGUGACUUGUUUGACCCCACUGGAGUAAACUAUGCUACCCAGGGCCAAUUGUGUUGCAUGUGAUGGGCAUGCCUAACUUGGUAUUUUAUGAGUUUCUUUGAAGAAUUGCCAGAUUUUGGGCUCUUGAUAUUUCUGUUUCUGUUUAAUAUCCAUUGUUAUCCUCUGCCUAUAAUCAUUUUGAGUGCACAUUGUUCUCUUUUUCAGUGUCAGUAGUUUAUUUGGUUUUGAAUAGCUUUUGUAUAUUUGCCAAAUGGCUUAUCCACAAUACGACCUCUUUCACAGCCACUAAUAACAUUUUACUGUUAGACCCUGGCCAUGACCCCACUCUCCGAAGGUGUCACAGGGAGAGUUGGGAAAUGCAAAAAAACGAAUGCUUAUAAUACACACUUGUACAUGUGUGAAAUAGGACAAAUAUAAGCACCCACCAAAUUAUUAUUAUUAUUAUUAUUAUACUCCUCUUAUUCUGUCACAUGACCCCAACAUUCUAUAGAACUAAUAAAUGUUUUCUGUCAGGGACAAUGCGUCAUUGACUGUUAAUGUGUCAGACUUAGACAAAAGGCUCACGUUUGUCUGUAGUGCCUGGGCAGGUCAUUUGAAAUGAAGGCACUAACAAAAGCGCAUAAAAUGCUACAGGACAUAUGCCCGUUUUUGCUGUUGUGUUUAACAUAAAUCGAAUGAAGUUUCCUCUCCUCUUAGCCAAAUCCUCUCAUCCUAAGAAAACUGGAGGCACAUCCAAGAGCACAGCCCAGUCCUCAUCCUCCUCAUCGUCCACACUGCGUACCACAAAGACCUCCCAGGACAGGCUUUCCAACCCAACUGGGACAGAAAAGACCAACAAGCGCGUCCUCCAACCAGCACCUGACCCUUCCAGCUUCUCUGGAGCUCCCAAGGCCUCCCCAGAGACAGACAGCCUUUCUGGGGAGAGACGGGUCCCGGGCCCUGGGGAUGGGCAUGGGAACCAGGGGUGCAAGGAGGAGCCCUAUUCUGGCCCAGAGGUCAAGCCUGCUGCUCAGAAUGACUCCUCUCUGACUGGAAUGGAUAAAGACAAUGCCUCAGGAGCCAGUCCUCAGGACCCUGGGGAGAAGGCCCCUCUGGUCAACAACGCCACUGAGGACACUUUCUUCACCGAGUCUCAUAGCGAGAGCUCCACGGAGGAAGCCCUGGGGACUGGGGAAGAUGGAGGUGGUGACCGUGGGCAACAGUCGGGGGAUGCAGACCAUGAGUUAGAGAAAUGUCAGUGGUAUGUAUCGAUACUGCAACACAGAUCUAUAGGCUUCUAGUGCAGAAAAACCCUAUAAGAAGACCCUGGUCAAACACACUUUCAAGUAUUUAAGAUAUUUGAGGUACACUUGAUGUAGCUUGAAUCCUGCACUUUUGGGACCGUUCCAUUGAACCAGGCCAAUUAAAUCAAGUGCAUUUCAAGUAUUUGAAAUUAGUUGUUUGACCCAGGUUGGCAUUAAACAUCUCCUCCUAACUGAAGAAAAUAAAAUGCCGUCUUACAUCAUAAUUGCUCUUAUGAAACUUUAGAAUGAAACCUGGUGGCAUUGGUUGGAAAGCUCUUUACCGCAAUCAUGAUUCCCAAAAUAGUACAGUAUGCUUUAGAAAACUCCAUUGAAGGCAUGGUGUAAUUCUUACUGCACGUGUAAAUGGAUCGAAACGUUUCAACUGUAUUACAUGAUGUGGCAACAUUGUUCGUCAUUGUCAGUGUUUUGCAUUUGAGAUGGUUAACAUUGGGAGUCAUACAGUACUGCAAAAGAUGGCAGAGGAGUGUAAAAAGCUAUCCUGUGUGGGAACAUAACUAUGAGAGAUUUGUACUGUAUUGUUUUGCUUUACUGGUACACUUAUUCUCCCAGAGAAGAUGGAUUAUUUCCCAGGGGCAUUGCACUUGCUCAUGUGUUCAACAGUAAGGUCAACCCAAAAGUCAAAGUCUAUAAAUGUACAGUACUCUACCUUAUAGUCACUACUACUCACAGUAUGCAUUCUUAAAGCUGUUGUUUCUUAGUUUUCAACCUUCACAUACAGUGGGGAGAACAAGUAUUUGAUACACUGCCAAUGUUGCAGGUUUUCCUACUUACAAAGCAUGUAGAGGUCUGUAAUAUUUAUCAUAGGUACACUUCAACUGUGAGAGACGGACUCUAAAACAAAAAUCCAGAAAAUCACAUUGUAUGAUUUUUAAGUAAUUAAUUUGCAUUUUAUUGCAUGACAUAAGUAUUUGAUACAUCAGAAAAGCAGAACUUAAUAUUUGGUACAGAAACCUUUGUUUGCAAUUAGAGAUCAUACGUUUCCUGUAGGUCUUGACCAGGUUUGCACACACUGCAGAAGGGAUUUUGGCCCACUCCUCCAUACAGACCUUCUCCAGAUCCUUCAGGUUUCGGGGCUGUCGCUGGGAAAUACGGACUUUCAGCUCCCUCCAAAGAUUUUCUAUUGGGUUCAGGUCUGGAGACUGGCUAGGCCACUCCAGGACCUUGAGAUGCUUCUUACGGAGCCACUCCUUAGUUGCCCUGGCUGUGUGUUUCGGGUCGUUGUCAUGCUGGAAGACCCAGCCACGACCCAUCUUCAAAUGGGUCCCAUCUUCAAAUGGGACCCAUCUUCAAAUACAACAAUCCUUCAGUAGCCUUCAACUGCUCUUAAACACUAGUAAAACUAAAUGCAUGCUUUUCAAUCGAACGCUGCUAGCACCCGCCCACCCGACUAGAAUCACCACUCUUGACGGGUCUGACCUAGAGUAUGUGGACAACUACAAAUAUCUAGGUGUCUGGUUAGACUGUAAACUCAACUUCCAGACUCACAUAAAGAAUCUCCAAUCCAAAGUUAAAUCUAGAAUCGGCUUCCUAUUUCGCAACAAAGCCUCCUUCACUCAUGCUGCCAAACAUGCCCUCGUAAAACUGACUAUCCUACCGAUCCUUGACUUCGGCGAUGUCAUUUAUAAAAUAGCCUCCAACACUCUACUCAGCAAAUUGGAUGUAGUCUAUCACAGUGCCAUCCGUUUUGUCUCCAAAGCCCCAUACACUACCCACCACUGUGACCUGUACGCUCUUGUUGGCUGGUCCUCACUACAUGUUCGUCGUCAAACCCACUGGCUCCAGGCCAUCUAUAGAUCACUGCUAGGCAAAUCCCCGCCUUAUCUUAGCUCAUUGGUCACCAUAGCAGCACCCACCCGUAGUCUGCGCUCCAGCAGGUAUAUCUCACUGGUCAUUCCCAAAGCCAACACCUCCUUUGGCCGCCAUUCCUUCCAGUUCUCUGCUGCCAAUGACUGGAACGAAUUGCAAAAAUCUCUGAAGCUGGAGACUCUUAUCUCCCUCAAUAACUUUAAGCAUCAGUUGUCAGAGCACCUUACCGAUCACUGCACCUGUACACAGCCCAUCUGAAAUUAGCCCACCCAACUACCUCAUCCCUAUAUUGUUAUUUAAUUUGCUCUUUUGCACCCCAGUAUCUCUAUUUGCACAUAAUCUCUUGCACAUCUAGCAUUCCAGUGUUAAUACUAUUGUAAUUAUUCUGCACUAUAGCCUAUUUAUUGCCUUACCUCCAUAACUUGCUACAUUUGCACACACUGUAUAUAUAUUUUCUGUUGUAUUUCUGACUUUAUGUUUUUUUUUACCCCAUAUGUAACUCUGUGUUGUUUUUGUUGCACUACUUUGCUUUGUCUUGGCCAGGUCGCAGUUGUAAAUGAGAACCUGUUCUCAACUGGCUUACCUGGUUAAAUAAAGGUGAAAUAAAAAAAAAUAAAAAAUGCUCUUACUGAGGGAAGGAGGUUGUUGGCCAAGAUCUCGCGAUACAUGGCCCCAUCCAUCCUCCCCUCAAUACAGUGCAGUCGUCCUGUCCCCUUUGCAGAAAAGCAUCCCCAAAGAAUGAUGUUUCCACCUCCAUGCUUCACGGUUGGGAUGGUGUUCUUGACGGGCCUGGACAUGCGCUGGCUUGAGCAGGGGGACCUUGCGUGCGCUGCAGGAUUUUAAUCCAUGACGGUGUAGUGUGUUACUAAUGGUUUUCUUUGAGACUGUGGUCCCAGCUCUCUUCAGGUCAUUGACCAGGUCCUGCCUUGUAGUUCUGGGCUGAUCCCUCACCUUCCUCAUGAUCAUUGAUGCCCCACAAAGUGAGAUCUUGCAUGGAGCCCCAGACCGAGGGUGAUUGACCGUCAUCUUGAACUUCUUCCAUUUUCUAAUAAUUGCGCCAACAGUUGUUGCCUUCUCACCAAGCUGCUUGCCUAUUGUCCUGUAGCCCAUCCCAGCCUUGUGCAGGUCUACAAUUUUAUCCCUGAUGUUCUUACACAGCUCUCUGGUCUUGGCCAUUGUGGAGAGGUCGGAGUCUGUUUGAUUGAGUGUGUGGACAGGUGUCUUUUAUACAGGUAACGAGUUCAAACAGGUGCAGUUAAUACAGGUAAUGAGUGGAGAACAGGAGGGCUUCUUAAAGAAAAACUAACAGGUCUGUGAGAGCCGGAAUUCUUACUGGUUGGUAGGUGAUCAAAUACUUAUGUCAUGCAAUAAAAUGCAAAUUAAUUACUUAAAAAUAAUACAAUGUGAUUUUCUGGAUUUUUGUUUUAGAUUCCGUCUCUCACAGUUGAAGUGUACCUAUGAUAAAAAUUACAGACCUCUACAUGCUUUGUAAGUAGGAAAACCUGCAAAAUCGGCAGUGUAUCAAAUGCUUGUUCUCCCCACUGUAUGUGCUGUAUUUGUAGAUGGCUCCUCAUUGCCAAAGUACUGUUCUGAUGAUGAACGGCACCACAGCUUCAGUUCAAAGCCCAGAAAAUGCUGUAAAUAUUUUAGCAGCAUAAGCAGCCUAGUUUACCAUUUACCGCUACCUGGAUACAGUAUUGUCAUAAUUCAUAAUGGCUGCGGUGUAAUAGGGAGUAACCUAUUUUAGCCCUCUAUUUAAACAUUGGUGGUGUGGUAAAUGGUUGUCUCUCUCACACACACACACACACACACACACACACACACACACACACACACACACACACACACACACACACACACGUCUGAGUCAGCAUAGAUGUCAUAAAUGGCCGUCAUAGCCUUGAGCUGAACUGGUUUAACUUGAAUUGGGACAGUAAGUCACAGAGCCCUGUCUGUGUUGUAGGCCUUAAACCAAUUAGAAAUAUGAUAGUUCACAUGACUUUCAUGAUACCAGGUUCAUGUGGAAAAGACCGUUGGGAAAGAAAAGGCCUGUUUUCACCAGCGUUUUGGUCUAUACACCCUUCAUUAGUAGGAAAGUGUAUGCACUCACUAACUGUAAGUCGCUCUGGAUAAGAGCAUCUGCUAAAUGACUAAAAUGUAAUUAGAGUUUGUUUAUCAACGUUUUCCAUUAUGCAACAAGGACAACAAUGGACAUGAUAAAUAAAUCAAAAGACAAGAAAAUCAAUCAGGUAAGAAUGCUUAAUCAGGGUUUUGAUGAUGUGACUCCAGGCCUACCAAUGGGAUUGGAGAGAAGAAGCUCCACAGUGUUAACCUGGAGAGCCCAGAGGUUACAGUCAUCCCAGACAGCACUAUGGAGUCUGACUACCAGUCUACAGUCAGCGACUCCGACUCAGAUGGGCCCAUCCUCUACCGAGACGAAGAUGAGGAUGAGGAGGACGAGUAUACCACAAGUAAGGAAUCCGUCGCAGAUAUAGAAGCAUACAGCUAAUUGUAUUCUAGCCUUUUAAGUCAGUCAGUCAGCAUGUGUUAAAUGUCUUUGUCUGUCCAGCCCUUGCAACAAAUUCAUCCGUAGCCACUCGUGCACUAGAAACAAGGAAAAUAACCUUGAAAACAAUCUCACUUUAUUGUGUUUCCACACUCUUUAUGGUUGGUUUUAUAUUUACUUCUUGACUUAUAUUUUAUCUUUACUGCACAGCACGCAUUCCUAUAAAGCCGUACUCUUGUCCUCUGACUCAGACCAUUUUAAUACUCUCUGGAUUCAGCCUGCAUGGCGUAGGCUGGGGGAGGGCUAGCUAGAUUUUCAUUAUUAUUAUUGGUUUUGUAGGCUCCCUAGCCAGUAAGAUCCGCCGCAGGGACACCCUGGCCAUCAAACUGGGCAAUCGGCCCAGCAAGAGAGAGCUGGAGGAGAAGAACAUCCUGCCUCGCACAUCUGAGACCGAGAGGCAGGAACUCCGGCAGCAGAUUCACUCCAAGCUAGUGAGGUACGGAGUACACCUAUGGAGUCAUGCACACACACACACACGCCAACACACGCUUUGUGUGUAUUUAAGAUUGUAUUUAAUCUGAAAUAACUGUUCUGGUGUGAGAUUCCCGAGAACUUGGUAGCACUGAAAUCAUCUUUCAUCCAAGGGAUUUAGGAUGUUCUUAGUGCUACAAAGCUUUUGGGGAACUGACCCCUGUUCCCAAAGCACUGAGGUAUUGUCUCGUUUCAUUCUCCCUCUGUCCCUCACAGACGACUUAGUCAGAGGCCCAGCACUGAGGAACUGGAGCAGAGGAACAUUCUGAAACGUGAGUGACAAUAGACAGACGCCACCACAGACAGACUGCACCACAUUGUCCCCAGUCAGACCACAGCAGCGCAACAACCCCUUAGUACUGUACAAGACAUUUCCCCCACACAAGGUCUGUUUGUCUUCUGGUUUUGGUCAUGUGUGUUUUUCAGAUUAUAUACUGAACAAAAAUAUAAAUGCAACAGUCAAAUCUUUGAAAUGGUUGCAUGAGUUACAAUUCAUAUAAGGAAAUCAGUCAAUUGAAAUAAUUUCAUUAGGCCCUAAUCUAUGGAUUUCACAUGACUUGGAAUACAGAUAUACAGUUGAAGUCGGAAGUUUACAUCCACCUUAGCCAAAUACAUUUAAACUCAGUUUUUCACAAUUCCUGACAUUUAAUCCUAGUAAAAAUUCCCUGUCUUAGGUCAGUUAGGAUCACCACUUUAUUUUAAGAAUGUGAAAUGUCAGAAUAAUAGUAGAGAGAAAUUUAUUUCAGCUUUUAUUUAUUUCAUCACAUUCCUAGUGGGUCAGAAGUUUACAUACACUCAAUUAGUAUUUGGUAGCAUUGCCUUUAAAUUGUUUAACUUGGGUCAAACGUUUCGGGUAGCCUUCCACAAGCUUCCCACAAUAAGUUGUCCAUUUGGAUGACCCAUUUGUGACCAAGCUUUAACUUCCUGACUGAUGUCUUGAUGUUGCUUCAAUAUAUCCAUAAUGUUCCUUCCUCAUGAUGCCAUCUAUUUUGUGAAGUGCACCAGUCCCUCCUGCAGCAAAGCACCCCCACAGCAUGAUGCUGCCACCCCGUAGCCGGCCGGUGACCGGGAGACCCAUGGGGCGGCGCACAAUUGGCCCAGCGUCGUCCAGGGUAGGGGAGGGAAUGGCCGGCAGGGAUGUUGGUAGAGCAUGGCGUUUGCAACGCAAGGGUUGUGGGUUCGUUUCCCACGGGGGGCCAGUAUGAAAAAUAAAAAAAUGAUGUAUGCACUCACUAACUGUAAGUCGCUCUGGAUAAGAGCGUCUGCUAAAUGACUAAAAUGUAAAAUGUGCUUCACGGUUGGGAUGGUGUUCUUCGGCUUGCAAGCAUACCCCCUUUUCCUCCAAACAUAACGAUGGUCAUUAUGGCCAAACAGUUAUAUUUUUGUUUCAUCAGACCAGAGGACAUUUCUCCAAAAAGUACGAUCUUUGUCCCCAUGUGCAGUUGCAAACCAUAGUCUGGCUGUUUUAUGGCUGUUUUGGAGCAGUGGCUUCUUCCUUGCUGAGCGGCCUUUCAGGUUAUGUCGAUAUAGGACUCGUUUUACUGUGGAUAUAGAUACUUUUGUACCUGUUUCCUCCAGCAUCUUCACAAGGUCCUUUGCUGUUGUUCUGGGAUUGAUUUGCACUUUUCGCACCAAAGUACGUUCAUCGCUAGGAGACAGAACGCAUCUCCUUCCUGAGCGGUAUGACGGCUGCAUGGUCCCAUGGUGUUUAUACUUGUGUACUAUUGUUUGUACAGAUGAACGUGGUACCUUCAGGCGUUUGGAAAUUGCUCCCAAUUAUGAAUCAGACUUGUGGAGGUCUACAAUUUUUUUUUUUCUGAGGUCUUGGCUGAUUUCUUUUGAUUUUCCCAUGAUGUCAAGCAAAGGCACUGAGUAUGAAGGUAGGCCUUGAAAUACAUCCACAGGUACACCUCCAAUUGACUUAAAUUAUGUCAAUUAGCAUCUCAGAAGCUUCUAAAGCCAUGACAUCCUUUUCUGGAAUUUUCCAAGCUGUUUAACGGCACAGUCAACUUAGUGUAUAUAAACUUCUGACCCACUGGAAUUGUGAUACAGUGAACUAUUAUUGAAAUAAUCUGUCUGUAAACAAUUGUUGGAAAAACUACUUGUGUCAUGCACAAAGUAGAUGUCCUAACCGACUUGCCAAAACUAUAGUUUGUUAACAAGACAUUUUGUGGAGUGGUUGAAAAACUAGUUUUAAUGACUCCAACCGAAGUGUAUGUAAACUUACGACUUCAACUGUACAUCUGUUGGUCACAGAUACCUUUUUUUUUAAAAGUAGGGGCGUGGAUCAGAAAACUAGUCAGUAUCUGGUGUGACCACCAUUUGCCUCAUGCAGUGCGACAGCUCUCCUUCGCAUAGUUGAUCAGGCUGUUGAUUCUGGCCUGUGGAAUGUUGUCCCACUCCUCUUCAAUGGCUGUGCAAAGUUGCUGGAUAUUGGCAGGAACUGAAACACUCUGUCUUACACGUCGAUACAGAGCAUCCCAAACAUGCUCAAUGGGUGACAUGUCUGGUGAGUAUGCAGGCCAUGGAAGAACUGGGAAAUGUUCAGCUUCCAGGAAUUGUGUACAGAUCCUUGCAACAUGGGGCCGUGGACAUGCUGAAACAUGAGGUGAUGGCGGCGGAUGAAUGUCACGACAAUGGACCACAGGAUUUCAUCACGGUAUCUCUGUGCAUUCAAAUUUUCAUAGAUAAAAUGCAAUUGUGUUCGUUGUCCGUAGCUUAUGCCAGCCCAUACCAUAGCUCCACUGCCACCAUGGGGCACUUUUUUCACAACGUUGACAUCAGCAAACCGCUCGCCCACACGACGCCAUACAUGUGGUCUGCGUUUCUCAGGCCAAAUUCUCUAAAAUGACGUUGGAUGAGGCUUAUGGUAGAGAAUUGAACAUUCAAUUAUCUGGCAACAGCUCUGAUGGACUUUUCUUCAGUCGGCAUGCCAAUUGCACACUCCCUCAAAACUUGAGACAUCUGUGGCAUUGUGUUGUGUGACAAAACUGCAUAUUUUAGAGUGGCCUUUUAAUAUACCCCAGCACAAGGCGCACUGGUGUCAUGAUCAUGCUGUUUAAUCAGCUUCUUGAUAUGCCACACAUGUCAGUGGAUAGAUUAUCUUGGCAAAGGAGAAAUGCUCACUAACAGGGAUGUAAACAAAUUUGUGCCCAAAACUUGAGAGAAAUAAGCUAUUUGUGCAUAUGGAACAUUUCUGGGAUCUUUUAUUUCAGCUCAUGAAACAUUGGACCAACACUUUUUUACAUGUUGCGUUUAUAUUUUUGUUCAGUGUAGAUAGUUCAGUUCCACAUGACCUAAACAAGCUGAUUACUUUAUCCCAUUCUUCAAAGGUUGAUGCUAGACUAGGUACGUUUUCAUAAGGAGAUGGUGUUUGUGAAUGAAUUAGCCCGGCUGGAAUCCAAGACAAAGGUGAAGUUGUUCUUCUGGCUUGGACAGCUGUGCAUCAAGGUCUAAUGGUGCAUUGAUGUGGAGGGAGGCCAGUUAUCGACUAAUGGCUCAUCUGCUUGCCCAGUUUAUUGGUUAGUAAAUCAAUUUGGUGAAACAUAUUACGCCAGAUUGAGCAUGACCAGUGAAAUGUUUUAAUUUUGAAGAGGAUAACAUCUUGAGCUCUUAUUGUGCCAGACAAUGUUUUACAUUUUUGGCUCAGAGAACGUAAUGAUAAAAGUCAAUAGGAAUGUGUUAAUGUUUACCUGAUCAUUCUCUCUAUCUGCUAGCACACUUUGUUCUAAUCAAGUCAAACUUCAUCUAAAGUGCAUCGGAACACACUUUACAGAAAAAUCAAAGGAGUACAAUUUGAUCAACAGGCUUAAAACAUGUUCCUGUAAUACGGUCAAUGUUCACAUGGAGACUUCCUGUCUAUUAAACAGGAAGCAGUGAAAGAAGGGGCCAUUUUGUUGUUGUCAUCUUGCUGGGGUGUUUACUGCAUUAUGUAUGAGGUCUUUGUGGUGGAAUCAUAAUGCAUGAGGCUAAGAGCGAGAGAGAGCAGUUAACCGACUGUUGCCUCAUUGAAAGCAGAUGAGUAGGCUUCCAGUGGCAAAGGUCGCUGCCUCCCAGGGAUUCUAUACACAUCUGUCACACACUCAACUCAGCAACUACCUGUUGAAGAAUAGAACACAGGUCUACACUGUGCUCUGGUUUAAAGAGUUGACUAUGUAUGGUUAAGAAAAUACAACUCCAAAUCAAAGUUUGUCAGAUGUUUUCAGACCUCAACAGCAGACUUCUGUUGAGAUAAGUCUAUGUCCCAGGCCAUCUGUUUUGUAGAUGCAGCCAUAUGGCACGAUCCAAAAUCAAUGGGAAAGAUAAGCACCUUAUCAUUUCCAUUAACCGUAUUGCUUAAUUAAUAAUCACUAUAUUAGGUAGUGAAGUACCACCUUAGCCUACUUAUAACUUAUUUUCAAUUUCACUGCAGAGACGAAUGAGGCUGAUAAACAUGAAGCCAUACAAGAGAUUAAAAGGAGACUCUCCCGAAAGGUACUGUCAUUUAUACUUUAUUUAUGUACACCAAUACUUGGCCUGCAUCUCAUAGAUUUUUAUGUCUAAUGUAAUUACUCGUGUUGAUUAUAUGCGGUACACAGAUCCAUCUGGUGGACACAGCUGGAACUGAAUUAACUGGAACUAAACACACGUCGAACUCAUAUAGACUGAAUUACCGAACAAUGUCUUGAUUUCUGAAUUACCAAAGACAUUUCGAACUCAUUUGUCCCUUGUCAAUUAGUUGAAUGAGUUAACUUUUUGACAAGCUGAAAUGCAGCAAUCAUAUGACUGUUGCCACUGUGCAUACUGUAGGGCAGGACUGCCCAACCCUGUUCCUGGAGAGCUACCGUCCUGUAGGUUUUUGCUCCAACCCUAAUCUAGCACACCUGAUUCUAAUAAUUAGAAGGUUGAUAAGAUGAAUCAGGUUAGUAACACCUGGGGUUGGAGCAAAAACCUACAGGAGGGUAGCUCUCCAGGAACAGGGUUGGGCAACCAUGCUGUAGGGCAUUCCAAUUCUGUGUGAGCAGCAUGCCUCAAAGUGUAGCAUCAGGCUGCUUGAAAUUCCUCAGAUUGCUCGCUCCCUGUGGUGGCAGGGGGGGAAGAGGGGAUUGGCCAGGGUUAGGCCAACGAGGCUUGACCUCAGAUAUAAUGAGAACUGGAGUCUAGUUUCAAGACUGCUCCUGUAUGGCUCUGUGGAAGGAGUUAAACUUUACCCACAACUCUCUAUCCAUCUUCUCCCAUGCCCCAGCUGUCUUGUCUAGAAGUCCCAAUUUACAGUUGUCAAUCACUGGUUACUUAUUGUGUGUGUGUGUGUGUGUGUGUGUGUGUGUGUGUGUGUGUGUGUGUGUGUGUGUGUGUGUGUGUGUGUGUGUGUGUGUGUGUGUGUGUGUGUGUGUGUGUGUGUGUGUGUGUGUGUGUGUGUGUGUGUGUGUGUGUCUAGCUGAGUGUGAGGCCCACAGUAGCUGAGCUGGUGGCUCGGCGGAUUCUGCGCUUCAAUGAGUAUGUGGAGUGCACAGAUGCUAAGGACUAUGACCGCCGUGCAGACAAACCCUGGACCAGGCUCACUCCAGCUGACAAAGUGCGUCCCAGACUCCUACUGUAUAAUGUUAUUGCAAGAGAACCUAAAAUACAUGACAUUCAUAAUGUGAUUAAAUACUUGGACUAAGAUAGGUUAUAAAAAGGCAUCAUUCAAAAAAGUUGUAUUCCUCAUGCAUGCCACCGACUGGCCAGCACCUGAACCAUACUCUAAAUACAUUAUUCACAAAAACUCAUUAUUAUUAAUCAUUUAAAGCUGCAAUAUGUAACUUUAUGGGCGACCCGACCAAAUUCCCAAAGAAAUGUGAGUUAAAGAUCUGUCAUUCUCAUUGAAAGUGAUCUGUUGAUCUAUGUGUGCUAUUUCUAUGCUUCCCAUUCUUAAGUUUUGUUUUUGCACCUUUUACUUUCGGUUUUGUACAGCAGCUUAAAACAGCUGAAAAUACAAUAUUUUUGGUUAUUGAAAAUAUAUUUCACAGAGGUUUAGAUGGUACAAUGAUUCUCUACACUAUGAAUUGCUUGUUUUGUCACAUAAACUGAAGUUAGGCGAACUAUUUAGAAUUUUAGCAACCAGGAAAUGGUGGAGCGAUUUCUGCAUAUUGCAUCUUUGAUCUUCAGUUAUAUGAAAUAUGUUUACCUGUCUGAAAGUAUUGAUGUUCUGACUGUUUGAUAAGGACAUUACAUUUUAGUAUUAUUUUUAAUGAGGUGUUGUUUUGGUAGUUUUUCUUUGUAAAUGAAGACUUUGAUCUUGAAUGUUUAUAUUCCCUCAGGCUGCUAUCCGUAAAGAACUGAAUGAGUUCAAAAGCAAAGAGAUGGAAGUUCAUGAAGAGAGCAAGCAAUUCACCAGGUAA